AUGACGAGUUUAUCCUCUUUUGGUGCUCCAGCAGUACGAGUGAUGGUGAUGUCCUUGGAUCCAGAUGGAUCGAUGAAUCCGAACACUGGUGUGAUACGGUAUUCGUUGUUGUUCGACGACUUGAUCUGCAAACAUCAAAAUGAGAAAUACGGACAACUGGAUCAUGAGAGCAGCACCUUGAAGAUGAGCUUAUCGGCUCCUCCGUUGACAAGUUUGUGGGUAGAAGCACCUCCGGCGGCUGGGACGGUGCAUGCUGGUGGAUCGGCAGUCAAAGACAUGUUGUGGCUUCGUUCGGAACUUCUCGUGAAGACUGACUUCUCUUUGGUUUCCCCCAAUAUUUAUAUCCAAUCCGAUCAAGAUACCCUAAUUUCCAGAGGUCAUUUCCUCAGUUUCAAAGAUCAAUCUGUCACGCCGAAACUAAACUUGAGUUUACGAGUUCCAUUUUUUUUUCCAGAUUUUUUUUCGGCUUAUCUUAUCUGCGAUCGAAUCACUGUAGCUAUAAGAGUAUGA